CGAGGAGUGGCGCUCGCGAUAGAAAGAGCGAGGAGAGAGAGAGAGAUGUCGUCGGUAGGGACGUCGUCGAGGGGGCUGUUGGAGAUCGGCAAGUUCGCUCUGUACGUGACGGUACCCGUCGUUGCCACCUAUUGCUUCGCCACAGACUCCAAGACCCUCCACAAGCUCAUGGCCUUCCGUUCUUAUGUAGUUUAUCCACCCGAGGGUCCUCGCCCUCCUUCACCAGAGGAACUCAGGGAGAUGGCCCGACAAGUUGCUCGCAAGAACAACAACCAAUGAAUAAUUCACAGUGCAAGUUUAAGGUCUCAUUUUGCGGCUUUCUUAACUUGAAGGCUGCUAAUUAAAGAUUUCCUUUCAAGCAUAUGCUGCGAGCUAUACCUCCUCCAAUUGUGGUUGAAGUUCUCUUUUGAGACAUACAGUUCAUAGGCCAUAUGUCAUAAGUUUUAUGUAAUAAAAGGUGAUUUAUAUAAAAGUAAAUUGCAAUUAGAGUUUGUUUUCA